AACUAGGCGAAGAAAAAGAAAACCAUGUCUCCCAAGUCCUUGCUAGCGUUAUUCCUAGGCCUGGUGCUCCUCACCACGGCCAUUGCGGAGGAGCUUGACCACCGCCACCACCCGCACGGCCGCCUCCUCCUGGAGUACGCCGAGGAAGAUGGACACAAGCCAUUCCCCGAGCACAAACCGCCCAAGAAGGAGGACAAGCCACCAAAGGGUAAGGGAGAGAAGCCGCCGAUGGAGCAUAGGCCACCCUUUGAGCACCACCCCGAGCCGAAGCCAAAGGGCCCUCCUUUCCACGACAAGCCACCCAAGAAGGGGGACGAGCCACCAAAGGGUAAGGGCGAGAAGCCGCCAAUGAAGCCCGAGCCAAAGGGCCAUCCUUUCCCCAAGAAGCCACCCCACAAGCCUCCGACUGAGAACUGAAGAAGCUGCCUUGUCUCUCUUGAUGGGUUUAAUGAACAUGUCCAUGAGGACUUAAAUAAAGUGCACUUUUCCACGUACUUUGUAGACUAUGAUCUUCAAUGCGUUUUUACAAGCGAAUGUAGCUCAUGCCCCUGGUUUAAUCUCAUGCAUUUUGUCAUGAGUUGGCGCUUGUAAUUUUUAGUGACCAGUAUUUAUAUAUGCUUGAGCUUUGAACUUUCAAUUA